UCCUUUGCUUGCCGGUGCAGACUACACGGGCGAGUGGAAAAUGCUGCACUACUUCGCGAAACGCUUCUAUGCACCGUUGCUCGUGUCGCCGUACGAAGAAGCCGGGCGCUUGGUCGUCUACGUGCUGGACGACUUGUACCACGACGAGCCCUACGACCUGCUUUUGGAAGUCAAGCUCUACCACUACGCCUCCCUGCAGCCCAAGACGUCGAUCGCGCACAACUUCACGGUGUCUAACUACGCCCACGCUGCAUACGUGGCCAACGUGUCCAGGCUGCUGGCUUCGGGUUCGUGCCACCGCAACAACAGUUUCUUCGCUUUCCGCCUGCUGAACGCGACUGACAACGCGACACUGUCCACGAACUUUCUGCUCCUGCAGGUGCCUCGCUUUGCAAAGGACAUCGCGUCCGUCACGCUACGAGUUACUAACAUCACGGCCGACGAUUCUGCACAGCAUGAAUCACCACUGGUUAACGAUCCCGGGAAUUCGAUGCGGAAAAGCAGCGCGCCGACAGCCGGCGACACCUUACAGAACAUGUCGUCGGCCGGACAGAAAGUCACAGACAGCACUGGGUCAAACGAACACAACCUUCCGUCGAGCGUCGAAUCCUUGGAAGGUGUCGUCCACACAUCAAUUCGAGAACAACCAGAGAGGGAGGCUACAAACACGACAGAAGCGAAGGCUAACGUUCACAAGGUCGACCUGUCCACGGACGGCGUCGCGCUGUUCGUUUGGCUCUCGGCCGGCAAAAUUAGAGGUCGCUUCUCGGACAACGGCUUCGUCAUGACCGAACGCCAGCUCAGCGUCACUUUCACGAGUGACCUGUCGGUGACCUCAGAGCAGCUUCGCUCUAACCUCACGGUCACUUGCCUGAACUGCCUGUGGAAGCACCACUACUCGCCAAUGGUUGAGGCGCGAGCGUAGGAACACUGGUUCUCGGUGGGGAUCAAGAGGAUAGCUUGCAAGGUUCAAGUCGGAGGUAUCCGCAGGUUCACAGUAAAAGACACCACCGUCCCUGUUUCUCCCGCGUUUCUUUUUCUUUUCUAAUGUUGGACACGUUACCUUGGUCAUGUAUGUACUGAGGAAAGAGAAUAACUGUGUUCCGAAUAUA